ACCGACCAGGCAUGGAAUUGGAGACACUUGCACGAUUCGAGAAGGAUGUGAAGCGGACCGACACCGGGUUCCUGGCGAUAGCAACAGAGGUGGAGAAUGACGGAGAGAAAGCCUCGGAAACUUCAGAAAAAAUCAAGGAAUUACUGAAGGAGUUCCAAGACAUUCUUCCUGACGAUCUUCCGAACGAGCUACCGCCAUACCGAACGCAUCAACACGAGAUCGUGGAGGAACCGGGUUCGAAGCCGACCUUCCGAGCACCAUACCGGCUCAGCCCUACGGAGCUGACCGACAUGAAGAAGCAGAUCGAGUAUCUCCUAGCCAAAGGACUCAUCCGACCAUCUACUUCGCCAUACGGUGCCCCAGUACUCUUCACACCGAAACCGGACGGAAGCCUGCGCAUGUGCAUCGACUACCGAGCUCUUAACAAGCAGACCAUCAAGAAUAAAUAUCCGAUACCGCGAAUCGAUGACCUGCUUGACCAGCUUCGGGGAGCUACGGUAUUUUCCAAACUGGAUCUGCGGUCCGGAUACUGGCAGAUACGGAUGGCGGACAACUCUAUCCACAAAACUGCUUUUCGAACUCGGUACGGAUCGUACGAGUAUUUGGUCAUGCCGUUCGGACUCACCAACGCGCCGGCAACGUUCCAAGCCGAAAUGAACCACAUUCUACGACCACUUCUGGACGAAUGCGUGGUGGUGUACCUGGACGACAUACUCAUCUACUCGCGCGACAUGAAGCAGCACGUCGAACACCUGCGACGCGUCUUCGAAAUUCUUCGACGAGAACGAUUCUACGUCAAACUGUCCAAGAGCGAAUUCGCCCUGGAGAAAGUCCAAUUUCUAGGACACUUGGUGAGCGCUCAAGGAGUUCACGUCGACCCCAAGAAAGUCGAAGCCGUACGUACGUGGAAGACACCCGAGAACGUGAAGGAGUUGCAGCAGUUCCUAGGCUUCGCUAAUUACUACAACAGGUUCGUGCCACAGUAUGCGAAACUCGCGACACCACUCACGAAUCUGCUGAAGAAGAACACGCCCUACAAAUGGGAGACGAAGCACCAGGAAGCCGUGGAGCAGCUGAAACAAGCACUAACGUCCGCACCGGUGCUCAUCUUGCCAGAUCCCGAACGUGACUACGUCAUUGAAGCAGACGCCAAAAAGCGACAUCUGCUACAGUGGGACAGUGACAUCGCGUACCGGAAAGGAUCAACAAAAAUCUGGGUACCCAAUUACCCUCCUUUGCGCCAGUUACUACUCGAAGAAUACCACGACGUCCUGUACGCCGGACACUUCGGUAGCAACAAGACGCUCACCGGUAUCGCCAAACACUACUACUGGCCCCAUAUGGCAGACGACGUCCAGAAAUUCGUCACCUCGUGUGAUACAUGUCAGCGGAUGAAGAGCAGCAAGCAGAAAAAGGCGGGACUACUGCAGCCUCUUCCUGUCCCAGAACAACCAUGGCAAGUGGUUAGCCUGGACUUCAUUACCGGGUUACCACCUACCUCCAGCGGUCAUGACGCCAUCCUUGUCGUCAUUGACAAGUUCUCCAAAAUGGGACACUUCAUCCCGACACACACGACGGCACGCACCGAGGAGACAGCACAGCUCUUCGUUCGUCACAUCAUCUCACAGCAUGGCAUCCCAACUACACUCAUCUCCGACUGAGACCCCAAGUUCACUAGCAAGUUCUGG